AAAAUAACCAGUGAACAGACUAUAGAAGGAUUCAAAAGGAAUGAUUCCUGGUCAUCCAUCUUACACAAAAACUGGGAAUACUCUGAUACUGAUUAUCAGAACAAAAGCCAUGAGACACAUUUGAGAGUCGUUGUGUGCAUCAAGGGGUCCAUUCCUGACUGUCUUCCUGCCAGUCCCGAGAACGGAGCCUGAACCUUCAUCACUUACCAGGCAUGGGAAGAGCAGUGGAUCGUCAUUCUUUUGUCAUGCCCCAGCAUAAAGGGAGUGCAGUACAAUGUCCAAGCUACACAGAACAACAAAAUCUAACACGUGUCUCAGAAUUCUUCCUCGUGGGACUCUCAGAUGAUCCAGAACAGCAGCCCUUCCUCUUUGUCCUGUUCCUGUCCAUGUACCUGGUCACCGUGUUGGGGAAUCUGCUCAUCAUCCUGGCUGUCACCUGUGACCCCCACCUCCACACCCCCAUGUACUUCUUCCUCUCCAAUCUGUCCUUGGCUGACAUCGGCUUCACCUCCACCACCGUCCCCAAGAUGAUUGUGGACAUCCAAACUCACAGCAGAGUCAUCUCCUAUGCAGGGUGCCUGACUCAGAUGUCUUUUUUUAUGCUUUUUGGAUGUCUGGAUAGUCUCCUCCUGGCUGUGAUGGCCUAUGACCGGUUUGUGGCCAUCUGUCAUCCCCUGCACUACUUGGUCAUUAUGAACCCACGUCUCUGUGGCUUGUUGGUUUUGAUAUCACUUUCCCUCAGCCUUUUGGUCUCCCAGAUGCACAAUUCAGUGGUAUUAAAACUUACCUACUUCAAAGAUGUGGAAAUUUCUCAUUUCUUCUGUGACCCUUCUCAGCUCCUCAGCCUUGCCUGUUCUGACCCUUUCACCAAUAACAUAGUCAUGUAUUUUGUUGGUGCCAUCUCUGGUUUUCUCCCUAUCGCAGGCAUCCUUUUCUCUUACUAUAAAAUUGUUUCCUCCGUUCUCAGACUCCCCUCAUCAGGUGGGAGGUACAGAGCCUUCUCCACCUGUGGCUCUCACCUGGCCGUUGUUUGCUUAUUUUAUGGAACAGGACUCGGUGUGUACCUCAGCUCAGCCGUCUCGCUUUCUCCCAGGAAGGAUGCAGUGGCCUCCGUGGUGUACACUGUGGUCACCCCCAUGCUGAACCCCUUCAUCUACAGUCUGAGGAACAGUGACAUCAAAAGGGCCAUGAGGAGGUUCCUCAGCAAAGCCAUCUAAUCUCAGUACCUGUCUUCCAUUUGUAGUUUAGGUUGGAAAAUGCAGCCGUAGACCUGGGAAUCCUACCUCUCUCAUCACAUCAUUUUUUGUAGCUCGAUAGCAUUCACUCUUCUCCUUGCUUAAUACCUGAAUAUUGCUGCCUUUGGUGUUUCUUUAAUGAGACUGGCAGGGCUGGGGCAGAGUUCCAGGAUCCUUUGUAUAUCAUAAUCACUCCAUGGCUGAAUCGUAUUACACCCAUGGAAAUUCUAUACUUUAUCAUUGGUGGCCCAAGCAUCCUGUAAAGAUGAACAACUCUCUUUUAGUAUAUUUAAAAUGUAUAUCUUUUCUAUAGCUCUUGUGUAUUCUCCGUGCUAAUUUCUAUUUAUCAAAUUGGUAUAUGCAGGUUAUGUGUGAGGAUGCAUGUCACUGCUUCUCAGCCUUGGCUUUUAUUGAAGUCAUUUGGGAAGCUUAAAAAUACUGACAUCUGUGUCUCACAACCAGAGAUUCUGAUUUAAUUGGACUUGGGUGUGCCCUGAGCAUGAGGAUUUUUUAAAGCACUCAGAUAAAUCUCGUGUGUGGCCAAGGUCGAGACCUACUUAUCUAAGUCAGAUCUUUUAUUCAAAGAUGACUUGUAUGCCUUUGGGUCCUAACUGCUCAUGGACAAAUGCCAAAGAUCCUAAGAGAUGAGACCUCAAAGAGGGAAGAUAUGAAUAGCCUCCUGUUGCAACAGGCAAUGCAUUUUCCUCAUUAUUCCUGAUGUUUCUUCAAAUAUCUUCUCUCUCUACACCAUAGAGCUGAGUCUAUGUGAUUGGUUAUGAAGUUCUUUUCUUUGCUCCAAACUCAUACUUCUAUACUUUGCUUUGGAGUGGAGUUCUUGAAAUCACUGCUCUGUUUUCCAUCUUGUGUUCCAUCAUCCUGUUCAACAGUGGUCAGUAAAAGUCUCUAUGUCCUAAAACUCAGCUGUUCCUUUUAUCCCCUCAAGACUGGUGUACAGCUUCUUCUUUGUUUAGGUAACCACUUAGAUCUUUUUUGCCUUUCAGUCUUUCAAAAAACUGUUUAACCAAUUCCCCACAUUAAAUUUUCUUCAUUACAAUGA